UCUUAUAAAGUAGUUAGCAGCGAUAUGGGUUGUCAAAGCAAAUAACGGACGUUUCCUUUAAUGCGCAUGCGCAGAAAAUCUUGAGAAAAUAAUUUAUCAGAAAAUAUAGAAUAAAUGUCAAUAGAAAAACAAGAAUCGUUGUUGGAGAAAACAAAAAUCCAUUCAGCCAGGACAAAACCAGGACAAAAUCAAAUAAAAAGAAAACAUGAAUAAAGUUUUAAUAGGAUUGUUUAUUUUUGCUCUUUUCUUAAAAAGCUUCGGCGAAAUGAAAAGAAUGAAGAGAGAGGCCCGGGAAUGUAAGGACAAAUUCAAGAUGAUAGUCAAUCACUCGGCAUGUCGCGAGAGGUCGCCUCUCGUACAGAAAGCAGGUGUGAGCGAUGCAGAAAAGAAUAUGAUAGUUUCCGAGCAUAACAAAUACCGCAAGGAUGUAAACCCGCCUGCGACAGAUAUGCUGAGGAUGACAUGGGACGCUGAGGUCGCGCUGGUGGCACAGGCCUGGGCAGAGACCUGCUCGUUUGGCCACGAUGAAACUCAAAACAGAAAUAUUCCAGGCCGUUUAUCUGCUGGACAGAAUAUCGGGAAGGGAUACAAGACCUGGGAAGCCGCUAUUAAAGCUUGGAAUGACGAGGUAAAGGAUUUCACAUACAAUGGGAAAAACGCUUUUCACAAGGUUGGACACUACACACAGCUGGUAUGGGCGACGUCGAGUAAAAUAGGAUGCGGUAUGGCGGAUUGCGGAGGAACUAACUUUCAUGUCUGUAAUUAUUCCCCGGCAGGAAAUUUUGAUAUAAACAAACCGUACAAAUCGGGAAAGAAUUGCGGUGCAUGUGGUAACUGCAAGGACAAACUUUGUGAUUGCGGAGAAAAGGUUUGUGAGAAUGGCGGAGACAUUGAUACCAACACGUGCAAUUGCAAGUGUAAACAAUCUUUUCAUAUUGGAGAUUUUUGUCAACUUGAUUGCCGGAACUUAACAGAACCUUUCCAGUGCGGAACCGGUUCCUAUGACGCAAAUGGAUGUGUGACUUUCAGCACCACCGUUCCAUUCGAAUGUCCGAAAACGUGUCAUGUUUGUCCGACUGGCGGAUUUAACUACACCGAGGGCACAUAUGUGUUCGGAAACAAUGGCGGAAUGCUAAACACUUCAGGAUACGAACUUCACCUCGCUGCAUUAAUUGUGCUUGGACUCAAAUACAGUCUACAAUUCUAAUUCAAAUGGAUUUUAUUUUUUACUUAAAAACAAACCAUUACAAUUUUAUUUUGUUUAAUUAAUUGAUAGGAUUUUUGUUAUUUUCUAAUUUAUUCCACAUUGUUUCUUACUUUAAGUAUUCAUUUUAAACCCUAAACCCGCUAAAGAUCUUAAUGGACUCGUCAAUUUUUCAUCCUUGACAAGGCCAUUCAUCAUUUUCAGGGAUAUUUUCAAAUAUAUACUGACGAAAUACCGAACAGUGCAGGCCAGGAUCAGGCGGGACUAGGGGUUAAAUCAGUGCAUGAAUAAAACAGUUAAACAGAGCAAUAAGCCGAGUAAAAUAUUGUCAAGUGUAGAAACAAAAGUGUUUAUAAUUACAGUGACAUGUUACAAUAUGCAAUAUAUAUAUUUCUUACAAAAUAAAUUAAUCAAUCAACACCCGGCUCUAUGGGCCUAUAAAUCACCUUAAAAAUUAAAACAUGCACCUGUA